UGACAUAUCAACAAUUAAGAUGACGACCCUACACAACAACCAGUGCUAGUGCUAUGGUCCUGAUCCAGCGAGAAUUGCAGGUGAAGCCGCGGAGAACUCCCCCGACACAACGGUCUCAGCACACCGCUCUUCCUCAAUUGGUCGUGUUUUUUCAGCGGCGAACCUGCUUUUCUCUGCAUGAUACUAUUUCCCAUGUCCGGAGUAGUGUAACUUUUGUUAAUUAAGAAUGGAUCCUUUGAGGAGUUCAAGCCGUUCAACAAUCAACGUGACCUUACCGAGUCAACAUAGCGGCAGCGCAGCAGGAUCAGCUGAAAGACAACUACAGGCCAAGAAACAGGUGGUGGUUCCAGAUCCAGAGCAAGAUAAACAGUUAACACAGCUACUAGCAGCAAGGUCUAUAGAAAGAUGCUGGUGUUCCUACAGAGAUAAACAGAUGUUCAAACUUCUCAAGCAUGCAGUAUGUGCAGCAGAACACUCAAUGACCUAUGAAAUUCUCAGAAAAGUUGCUCCCAAUGAAGCGCACUUGCUAAAAGAUAAAAGCAUGAAAGCCAGGGUUCGUUUCAGAUUUGCAGGUUCAGAGUUUCCACCCGUGAUUCUGUUUAAGAUCUUCACACACACUGAGGGCCAUGGACUCAAGUAUUUCAGUGGAAAGAAGAUCAUCAAGCCAGCAUCGGAUGCAUCUGCUGAUGCAUGCAGGGAGAUGGGUCAUCGUAAGUUCUACGAUCAGAUGUUAGCGGAUACUUGCCAGCAUGAGAGAGAUAAGAUAACGGAUGAGAUCGAUGUCACCACCGUCAAAGACUACAUGCAGUAUCUUAGCAACCUUGACGAGAUGCCCGCGUAUAUGGGAGGAAGAGAGAAUCUUUGGAGAAAGUUGGAUUUAAACGUCCUUCCCAGGACCACCAUUCUGUAUGACAUCAUUGAUUAUCUGAACCGCGGGUCCAUGUCGGAUCGUUUGAGGCCCGAGAUUCGGCUUCUCACAUCCAGGCCUCUCACACAGGAGAUGCAGCUCAAACACAUCAAGCUCAUCUCGAAACUCAGGACCCCUCUCCUGACCCCCAUUCCAGCUGGCAGUCUGCCGCCCUCGCGUGGUCCGUCUCCUGGAGUGACUUCCAGACGUUCCAGACAGGCAAAACAGCGUGCUUCGAAGAUGAGGAAGAUGUACAUGUCUCCAACAGAGGAUCCUGAUAUGGUUCCACAAAACACCGCUCGGACGGAGAGACUGCCCGGCCCUGGCAACCAUCAGUCCUCCCCAACCCCUCGUUUUGAUCACCAUGUCAACCAAGAUGCCUUCGAUGAUGAAGAUGCAAUGGAUGGUGACAUGGAAGGGUGGGAGGAUGAAGCGGAUAAACUUUAUACCUGGACGCAGAAUCUAUCGAUGGAGGACAUCGGUUUCAUGACGCCAUCAUGACCACGUUGAACUCAAGAGAAAAGCAAGAAUCAUGUACUACGUUUUUUUAAAGGCCAGGGCCCUGUUUCACAAAACUUGUCAUCAGUGAAAAAUGACAGUUUUUGUUAUAAGCUACUGAAAUCCUUGCUUCUGAUUGGUUAUCAGCAGAUUUGUCACUGAUUUUUGUCAUUUAUCAUUGAAAAAAGGCUUUGUGAAACAGGUCCCUGAAGAAUAUGAAGUAACUGUAUUUAAAUUCUAACCAGAUAAGGGUAUGAUAUAUAUAUAUAUAUAUAUCUGUAUUUUUGUGAAUAAUAUAUGAUAAAUAUAUGAUUUUCAGACAGUUAACAUGGACGUUUGACUAAUUUAAAAAAGAAUAAACUAUACCUAUGAAGAGAUGGUUAGCGUGGAUUUCAGUUAAAUGUUUUCAAUUAUCAUGAAGAUACAUUCAUUGUUCAUUUUACUAUGUCUGUCUACAUUAAGUUUUCCUCUGAACAUGAAUAUGUAAUGUUUUCUUUUGAGAGGCAUGAGGGUAUUACUGUUGUGUGCCUAGAGUGUUUGAUUUCAAGUUAGUUUGGUAUCUUCCAAAUAUUAUAUAUCAUUAUUAAUUGAAUGUAACAGAAAAUGACAAACUGUGUUCUACCUUUUAUUGGCUGGGAGAUAUCAAAGUUCAUUCUUUAUUCGUUCUUCAGUUUAAAAAAACAUGCAAAACAUUAAAAUAUCUACAAAGCAUUUUCAAGGUGAAAUACAAUGCACAUUGAAUGAAUUUAUAUAAAAUAAGAAGAAUAAAAGGACCAUCAUUGAAAGCCUAUUGAGGCUGGACAGGUUGAUGGUCCAAAGAAAUAUCAAGUUAUAAAAUUAAUAUUUUGGCGGAGAAAAAAAAAGGUGUUGGGGGUAUUUAAUUAUUAAAAUUAUUAUUAUUAUUUAUUUAAAAAUUUAAUUAAAAACAACUGAUGAAAUAAUGAUAACCUAUCGAUAGGAAGAUAAUCGGUAUAAUAUCAAUAUUACCCAUUUCUAAUUUUUCAUAUUGAUUCAGGUACUCGAUAUGGUGUACAUGUAAGAAUAAAUAGAAAAUGAUAAUAAUAAUAAUAUUCCGCUUUUAUAUAGCUCCCACUAACGAUGUGUCUGAGUGCUUAACAGAUAUAUUAUUUCCCCGGUCAUCAGAUUCAGGCUUACCUGCACACAUUGUAUGCACAUUCUCCACUCCCUUGGGAACAUUAUAUUGAAGGUUCUCCCAACAGAGCAGUAGAUAAUUCAAUCAAGUAUUUAACCUAGUUACUACAAUUGCUUUAUGUAUUUUCAAAACCAGUAUAAUAAUUCUAUCAAUAUGCUUUUUUUUUUAAUGAGAUUGAACAACUAACUUUGCCAACAUAAUGGGAUCAAAGAUGGAAGGACAAUAUUUCUUGAACAGUUUUCCAACCUCGAUCAAUUUAAACCAAAACAAAUUACAGAAUGAUCAAUAAUAUUAACAAUACGGAAUAUGAACAAUAUUUAAAAAAUGUUCUAAAGCAGCACAAAAUGCCAAUGUAGGAUGAUGUUGCUAUGUGUGAUUUUUUGUAAAGAAUUUAAUCAAGCUUCAUUGAAUUUGUAUAUAUUUCUUCAUGUAAAUAUUCAGAAGUUAUAUAUUGAGUAUGUAUAUAUUAUAAACAUUUUUACUAAUAUCAUAUGCAUAUCUGAAAAUUCAUGUAGAUAUAAUUGUUGUUCAUUAAAGUGUAUUUAAACAAAAUCUGAUUUCCCAGUUUCAAUUCAUGUAAGCUUGCAGAUGAGUGGAGAUGCUAUUGGAGAAGAAUAAAAUACAGAGAAAAAAAGAUAA